AGGUCGGUCUCGCCGACUCACGACGUGCUUCUCUACUUUCUCGCUCUGUUCAUCCCGCCGCUCGCUGUGUUCUUCAGUACUUCGCCAGACUUCUGGAUCAACAUCUGCUUGUGGAUCCUCGGUUGGAUCCCCGGUGUUAUACAUGCCUGGUACGUACUC